AUGUCAUCCGCAGCAGAGAAGCCUCUCAUCGUGGCACUGGCCUACCCAGCAGACGGCCACGCCGGCCCCGUCCUGCGCGCCAUGUCCCACCUGGCCGUCCGCGGUUAUGACGUCUGGCUCGUGACCGGCGACCAGUACAAGGAGCAAGCCACGGCGUCUGGCAUCCGGCGCUUCUUCGCCUAUCCGAACCCCAUGCUGAUUCACGGCGCGGCCAUCAUGGACGGGAUCGCGGACGUGCCGCGCGGCAUGAAGCAGUUCGACUUUGAGAUGCAGAGGGUGUUUGUGCGCGACAUGGCAAAGUUCGUCGAGGCGGUCCGCGACCCGCUCGAGACUGCCAGGGCCGAGUAUCCAGGGAGGAAGAUCGUGGUGAUUCAGGACAUGGCCGUCACAGGCACGGCUCCCUUCUUGUACGGCGCGCCGCCGCCAAAGGGUUUCGAGGAGGACGGCUUCCCGCCCGUGAUCGGCUUCAACGUCUCGAUGAACUUCCACUCCGGACUCGACGUCCCUCCGCUCGGCUCCCACGUCAACCCGGCCGAUUGCUCCGAGGAAGAGAUGCGCAAGCUGUAUGAAGUGUUUGUGGAAGACAUGCGGGGCUCCAAGGAUCUUUACAACAAGAUUAUAGCCGAGCUGGGUGCCACUGGGCAGAUCACGGGCUUGUUGACCGACGAAUGGCUGGACAGGCCGGACCUGACCGUCCAGCUUUGCAGCCCCAGCCUGGAGUACACCCGACGCGAGCUGUCGCCAAACUACAGGUUCGUGGGCGGACUUCCCAUGCCGCCGCGCAAGGGUGGAGAGGUGGCAGAAUGGCUGCAGAGGUUUUUGGACGACCGGGCAGGGAGGAAGUUGGUGUUUGUGACGCAGGGAACGGUCGACGUUGACUACACGGAACUGUUGAUCCCAACACUGCAGGCCCUGAGCGGCAGGGAGGAUCUGUUCGUCGUCGGCGCCCUCGGGGUCAAAGACGCCAAGCUUCCCGAGGAGGUGGAGGCAGGCCUGGGCGGAAACGUCAAGGUGCUGGAUUACUUUCCCUACACCGAGAUAUUGCCGCACACGGACGUCUUUGUCGCCAACGGCGGUUACGGCGGCUUCAUGCAGGGUGUAGUGAAUGGCGUCCCGAUGGUGAUUGCGGGCGAAGCCAAGGACAAGGGUGAAGUUGCAGCCCGCAUGGAACACGCGGGAUUGGGUGUCAAUCUCAAGACGGCUAGGCCAGCAAAGGAUGCUGUGGUGGCUGCCGUUGACAAGGUUCUCUCAGACCCGAAUUAUAAGAAGCGAGCGCUGGAGCUCCAAAAGGAGAAUGAAAAUAUGGAUGCGAUCGGAGAGAUUGAGAAGGCUGUUUUGGAGCUUGCGUCGCGAUAG